CCCCCAUUUUUGUCUCCCCCCAGCUUGGAGCCCCCCGGUGAGGUUGGGGCGUCCCCGCGCCCCUUCCCCACCAUGGCGCGCCCCUCCCCCGCCCUGCGCAGCCUGGGGCCGGGCCCUGUCCUGGUGCUGGUCAUUGUCACCUCGGCCACCCACGGGCUGAUCCGGGGGGCUCUCCCGUUCGGGCUGGCGCGCCGGGAGCUGGCGUGUGAGGGGUACCCGCUGGAGCUGCGCUGCCCUGGCAGCGACGUUGUCCUGGUGGCCGAUGCCAACUACGGCCGGACUGACGACAAAAUCUGCGACGCCGACCCCGGGCAGAUGGCGAAUGUGCAGUGCUACCUACCCCAGGCACACCCCAUCAUGGCCCAGAGGUGCAAUAAUCGCACUCAGUGUGUGGUGGUCGCCGGCUCUGAUGCCUUCCCCGACCCCUGCCCAGGCACCUACAAAUACCUGGAGGUGCAGUACGACUGCGUGCCCUACAUUUUCGUAUGCCCGGGGGUGCCACAGCGCGUGGGGCCAGCGCUGUCCACGCAUGAGUCGCCGCACCAAGCGGGCGGCUGGUGCCGGGACCCGCUGCAGUCGGGGGACCGGCUGUACGUGCUGCCCUGGGUACCGUACCGCACCGACACGCUCACCGAGUACGCGUCCUGGGCCGAUCUGGUGGGCGCCCGGCCCGCAGCCACGCACCGGCUCCCGCACCGCGCCGACGGCACCGGCUUCGUGGUCUACGAUGGCGCCGUGUUCUACAACAAAGAGCGCACCCGCAGCAUCGUCAAGUACGACCUGCGGACGCGCAUCAAGAGCGGCGAGACCGUGGUGGGCGCCGCCAACUAUCACGACACAUCGCCCUAUCGCUGGGGCGGCAAGACCGACAUCGACCUGGCGGUGGAUGAGGAAGGGCUCUGGGUCAUCUAUGCCACCGAGGGCAACGGCGGGCGGCUGGUGGUCAGCCAGCUGAACCCCUACACGCUGCGGCUCGAGGGCACCUGGGAGACCGGCUAUGCCAAGCGGGCAGCCUCGGACGCCUUCAUGGCCUGCGGGGUGCUCUACGUGGUGCGCAGCGUGUACCUGGACGAUGACACCGAGCACCUGGGCAACGCGCUGGUCUACGCCUUUGACACACGGCGCGGGCGCGGCUCGGCGCUGGCGCUGCCCUUCCCCAACCCGUACCAGUUUGUGGCCUCGGUGGGCUACAACCCCCGUGACAACCAGCUCUACGUGUGGAACAACCACUUCCUGCUGCGCUACGGCCUCGACUUCGCCCCCCUGGAUGGGGACGAAUGGCCCGCGGCCCAGCAAGGGGCACUGGUGGAGAGACCCUGCCCCAAAGGAACCCGAGGUAUCGCCUCCUUCCAGUGCCUGCUGGGGCUGGGGGUGUGGAACCCCCGCGGGCCUGACCUGAGCAACUGCACCAGUCCCUGGGUCAACCAGGUGGCCCAGAAGAUCAAGAGCGGGGAGAAUGCGGCGAGCAUUGCCGGGGAGCUGGCGCGGCACACGCGGGGCCCGGUGUUCGCGGGGGACGUCAGCUCGGCCGUGCGGCUCCUGGAGCAGCUCCUGGACAUCCUGGACGCGCAGCUCCAGGCCCUGCGCCCGCUCGAGAGGGAGUCGGCUGGCAAAAAUUACAACAAGAUGCACAAGCGAGAGCGAACCUGCAAGGAUUACAUCAAGGCCGUGGUGGAGGCCGUGGAUAACCUGCUGCGCCCAGAGGCGCUGGAGUCGUGGCGGGACAUGAACGGCUCGGAGCAGGCGCACACGGCCACCAUGCUGCUGGACGUGCUCGAGGAGGGCGCCUUCCUGCUCGCCGACAAUGUCAAGGAGCCCGCGCGCUUCCUGGCUGCCCGACAGAACCUGGUGCUGGAGGUGUCAGUGCUGAACACUGAGGGGCCGCUCCAGGAGCUCGUGUUUCCGCAGGAGCUGGGGGGCGACGGCUCCAUCCAGCUCUCGGCCAGCACCCUCAAACAGAACAGCAGGAACGGGGUGGUGAAGGUUGUCUUCAUCCUGUACAACAACCUGGGGCUGUUCCUGCCCACGGAGAACGCAACCGUGCGGCUGGGGGGAGACGGGGGGCCCCGCGCCCCCCAGCUCGUGGUCAACUCCCAGGUCAUCGCCGCCUCCAUCAACAAGGAGUCCAGCAGGGUCUUCCUGCGUGACCCCGUGGUCUUCACCCUGCCCCACCUUGAGACCAAGAACCAUUUUGGGGCCAACUGCUCCUUCUGGAAUUACUCGGAGCGCUCCAUGGCUGGGCACUGGUCGAGCCAGGGCUGCCGCCUUCUGCGCUCCAACGGCACCCACAGCUCGUGCGCCUGCAGCCACCUGACCAACUUCGCCCUGCUGAUGGCCCGGACUCAGAGCUUCCCGGGGCGGCUGAAUGAGGUGCUGCUGUCGGUGAUCACCUGGGCAGGGAUCCUGGUGGCCCUGCUGUGCCUGGGCCUGUCCAUCUCUGCCUUCUGCUGCCUGCGGGGGCUGCCCUCGGAGCGCACCACCAUCCACAAGAACCUCUGCAUCAGCCUCUUCCUCGCCGAGCUGCUCUUCCUCGUGGGCAUUGACAAAACGCAGUACCAGGUGGCCUGUCCCAUCUUUGCGGGGCUGCUGCACUAUUUCUUCCUGGCGUCAUUCUCGUGGCUGUGCCUGGAGGGGGUUCACCUGUACCUGCUGCUGCUCGAGGUGUUUGACAGCGACCCCGGCCGCCGCAAGUACUACUACGCGGGGGGUUACUUCUUCCCCGCCGUCGUCGUCGCCGUCGCCGCCGCUGUCGACCACCGCAGCUACGGCACCGACCAGGCGUGCUGGCUGAGGGUGGACAAUUAUUUCAUCUGGAGCUUCAUCGGCCCCGUGGCCUUCGUCAUCCUCGUGACGCUGGUGUUCCUGCUGGUGACACUGCACAAGAUGCUGCGCAGCUCGGCCGCCCUCAAACCCGACUCCAGCCGCCUGGACAGCAUCAGGUCGUGGGCGCUGGGGGCCAUCGCGCUGCUGCUGCUGCUGGGGCUCACCUGGGCCUUUGGGCUCCUGUUUGUCACCCGCGAGUCGGUGCUGACGGCGUCGCUGUUCACGGCCUGCAACGCCCUGCAGGGCACCUUCAUCUUCCUCUUCCACUGCGCCCUCCAGAAGAAGGUGCACCGGGAGCUCAGCAAGUGCCUGCGGCACUCGGGGUGUUGCCUCAGGGGCCCUCCAGGGACCUCCCUGGGUGCCCUCAAACCCUCGGCCGCCCGCGCCCACCCCCGGUACUACAGCGGCACCCAGAGCCGGAUCCGGAGGAUGUGGAAUGACACGGUCCGGAAACAGACAGAGUCAAGUUUUAUGGGGGGGGACCUGAACAGCACCCCAACCUUGAACCGAGGGUCACACCUUCUGCCCAACCCGGUGCUGCCGCCGCGGGGGGGGUCGAGCCCCUACAACACCCUCCUGGCCGAGGGGGGGGGCUUCACCCCCGCCUCCCCCCCCGCCUUCACUGCCCCAGGGAGCUUCCGUGACACCAGUAAGUGCUCCUCCAUGACCUCCCCCUGUCACCCGGUGGGGGCGAACACAGGGGAACAGGGGCCAGGAGAUACUGGGAGGUGA